AUGCCACUCAGGCCCGUGUCAGUGGAAGAGUCUUUUGCUCAAUGGGGCCUUGAUUUUAUCAGAAUGAUCAACCCCCCUAGUUUAGUCGGACAUAAGUGGAUCAUGACUGCUACUGGUUAUUUCACCAGAUGGUUCGAAGUCAUUCCUUUAUGGAAUUCAUCAGAAAGUGAGGUGUUAGCUUUCCUAAAGGAUCUGGUGUGCCGAUACAGUCCCCCAAAAAUUGUUAUAUUGGAUAAUGCACGCGCAUUCAUAGACUCGCAAAUUACCCAAUUCACCCUUAGUAGAGGUUCUGAAUACAAGAGGGAGUGGCAUCGCCACUUGAGAAGUGCAUUAUGGAUGGACUGCAUAACACCCAAGCAUAUUCUAAGAAACUCUCUAUAUAAGCUGGUAUACGAAAAUGAUGCACUUUUCCCCAUGUCGCUAGAGAUCCGAGCAUUGCAAUUACUAAAAUCAAUGGAAGUGGCUAAAAACGACCCUAUGACCAUGAUAUUGGCAGAGAUUAUGGAGCUAGAAGAAGCAAGGGAGGCAGCCUUUGCGGCUCUCCAAGACAGACAUGAAGUCGUCAAAAGAUGGUUUGACAGUAAAAAGAGCUCUGAUCUGGUCUUCGACCUCGGGGACCUCGUAUUGAAAUUUAAUGAGAGAGCAGCGAAGCCUGGUCAGCACGCCAAGUUCGAUUGCCUAUGGGAGGGACCUUUCCGCAUUGUACAUUACAAAGGUUUCAACGCUUUUGAGCUAGAAGACAUGAAUGGGGACCCCCUCCCAAUCCCGGUUAAUAAUUUCCACCUCAAACCUUUUCAUUAG